AUGUCGUGGCCGGGCGCAGACGAGUCGUCCGGUGACUCUGGGGAGGGGUACCAGCACGAUCGCCCUACAGACUUAGCGUCCAUCGGAAUCGUCAAGAACGGCCGCUUGGUGGGAUUUAACGAGGAGCAAGCCGACCCGGGCUUUGAAGUUGAUGAAAAGCCCAGGUCGCCAGCGCCCAUCAUCGAAAACUGCCAUCUAGUUGGCCGCCUGCUGAGUCCGGCCGAAGCCGACGCCUUUGCCUACCACCGCUCUAAACUCUGCUCAAGAGCGACCUGGGCGCCGCCCGCCGUACUUCUCACUGCCGCCUACUAUACCAACCAAGGUCGCUCGACCUUCCGCUUCCCCUUCUACACACCGAAGCCCGCCUCCUUCAACCCGUCGUCUUUCCCGAGCGCAUCUAUGGCCAUUCUCAAGGGCCAGUCGGCCGUGCGGCUAUGGCACGUGCUACGUUUUGGUGCCUACGGCUUUCUAUCCCAGUACAUCGUUAAGAUCGUCGUCUUCUCGUUCGCCCAGGCGGGCUAUCUGGCGAGCAUUUCGGGGGAUGCUAGGCUCAAGGCGGUGCGCGAGGAAAUGAAACCACCCAGAAAAGCGCGGUCGGAACGCUCAAGGCUACCCUCCGCCGGUGGCCCCGCUGACACAGCAGCCGUGUCAUCUUCGCCAAGCGCCGCGUCAAAUGGUUGGGAUUCGCCUGCACCACAAACGCCAGCGCAAUCAGGAUGGACACCACAGGCUCCGCAACCGCCGCAAAGCGCGCCACAAGAUGAUGAUGACUCGUACCUCUUCGACGAUGCCUCGCCCGUGGCGCCAUCGCAGAGAGAACGCCCUUCCGCCGGCUCUCCCCAGUCAUCUGGAGGGGGCUCUGCUUGGGACAGAAUCAGACAGCAGGCAAAGUCGGAGGAGGGUGCAAGGUGGAAUCCGCGGCAGCAGCAGAACGGUGCGCCCGGAAACCGCCAAACCACAAGCGAGUACACAUAUACCCCAGCCGAGCAGGAGAAGGCCCCUCUUCGAUCUAGACUUGAUGCUGAACCAAUGAACAAGCAACGGUUUCCCAGUGGUUUGGUUGAGCCUCGCACCCAGCCCGCACUAGCCGUACUCUCCCCCCUUGCAGCGAUCCAUUUGACCCUCACCUCCGCCGGAGACCGUCCACUCCGGCGGAUCGACCUUCCUGCAACCCACUUCAGCGACCGCGUCCUGCUGGCAGCCCCGGCGGCGACAACCACGCGCACCCCGCUGGUCAUCACCUCUUUCCCCUCCAUCCCGCUCACCACAACCUUCACUCCCCCCAGCGCCGGCUGCGGCGGCAUCUACUCCCCACCCCAGCCGAACGUCUUGAUCAUCGACCACAGCCCCUCCUGCCUACCGCCCAGCUUCUCCACCUCAGACUCAUCCUUCUUCUACUCCCCGGGGAUCGCCUGCCCGUCGGGCUACUGGACAGCAUGCCACGACACGACGGGAGUGUCGUCCAUCACGACCGUGACCUGCUGCCCGACCUACGGCGACAUCUCGCUGUCGUGCGUACCGCGGCCGACGUCGCUCAGCUCCGUGUGGGAGACGCUCUUCUGCACCUGGCAGGCGCCCCAGUCGCCGGGCACCGUCGUCGCCGUGACCAUGUCGGCCGACAACGACCGCACCUCCACCGUCAACCAGGCCGUCACCUUCCCCGGCGGCGUGAACGCCUACGGCGUCAGGAUGGUCUACGAAUCCAGUGAUAUGGAGGCCGCCACCGCCUCUACCACCUCGGACGGGUCCAGCGCCGCUGAGCAAACCACUUCGACAUCGGACCAGACGGGGACUUCCUCCCCCGUCGCGUCGGAUGACGCCGCCGCCGCCACCACCGCAGACUCGGGAUCGGGGCUCUCAACGGGCGCCACGAUAGCCAUAGGCGUGGUCGUGCCCGUGGUGGUGAUAGCCGCGGUGGUUAUUGGGCUAGCUAUCUGGUGGCGAAGGAGGAAGCGGCAGCAGCCACCGCCAUCGGCCCCAUCAGCCCCGUCCGAGGUGCCGGAUUAUGAUUACACGUCGCCCACGGCAACGCAGUAUACCGGGGAACAUGUCGGCAUGGCGAAGCAGCCUGCGGAACACUACUAUUACAGCGGGUAUCCGCAACAACCAGUGCAUGAGAUGCCCGGCUCGUUGCAAGCGGUGGAGUUGCCGGGGCCGACGCAAGAUCACCAUUAUAUGUCGAGGUGA